AAGCGAACUAAUUUUAUGAUUGCUAGCACUGUGGAGAUUAUCAUGACAACAAAUGAUACCAUACUCAUGAAGACUAUCCUACUUUGUGCUACCCACUGAAAAAAAAAUAAUCAAGGUUCAUGUAGGAUCUCCGCGGGUUGUGCGUGUUAAAAUAUCUGGUUUGUUGUUGUUGUUGCUGCUUCUUACCUUUAGACAGACCAUAACAAAAUCCUGCGUAGUUUAUGCAGGAGUAGCGUGGAAAAACUCUUGCGUAAAGUUAAGAAACAUCACCGGAUACUUUAAUAUACACAACUCGUAGGCUUUCUGCGCAAAGUCCUGUGGAAUUUUAUUCUGAAAGAAAAAGGCUUCUUUCACCGCAUUUUAAACAUAUGUUUAAAAUGAGAUGAAAGACGCCUUUUCUAAUGUCUGAAAUCGUGCGACGGUGAACUGAAUUAAAAUGACCUUUGAAUAUAUUCAAAGACUAACUCCUACUUCUACUCUCUUAACUUCUUUGCUUUAUUGUUCGAUAAAAAGACAAAAAACUCUUUAUUAAAAUAAUAUCAUCUGAUUUAUGUUCAAUUAUGUUUUGGCAUAUUAAACGCUGGAUGCACUAUCAUUUAAAAUACAUGGGAAAUGUUUUUCCGAAUUUUAGAGGAUCAAGAAGAAGUAUAUAUGACUGAAAGUUUAGGAUCACUGAAAGCAAGUCGGCGUCCGUCCGCAAAAUGA